AUGGCUGGUGACGCCAGGCCAAAGGUGGAGGAGACGUUUGAACCGCUACACCUCCUUGCAACUUUGACCAUGCACGCCAGCGAAUACGAUUAUCUUUUCAAGCUCUUGCUCAUCGGAGACUCUGGUGUCGGAAAGUCGUGCUUGCUCCUUCGAUUCGCAGACGACACGUACACGGAGAGCUACAUCUCCACCAUUGGUGUCGACUUUAAGAUUCGAACCAUUGAGCUCGAGGGAAAGACGGUCAAACUCCAAAUCUGGGACACUGCUGGACAGGAGCGCUUCCGAACCAUUACCUCGAGCUACUACCGAGGUGCCCAUGGCAUUAUUGUUGUUUAUGAUGUUACGGACACGGACACUUUCACAAACGUCAAGCAGUGGCUGCAAGAGAUUGAUCGAUAUGCUUCAGAGGGCGUGAACAAGCUGCUGGUGGGAAACAAGUCUGAUUUGACCAGCAAGAAGGUUGUCGAAUACACCGUUGCAAAGGAAUUCGCCGACCAGCUUGGUAUUCCAUUCCUGGAGACGUCUGCAAAGAACGCCACCAACGUCGAGCAGGCAUUCUUGACCAUGGCCAAGCAGAUCAAGGACAAGAUGGGCGCCUCGGGCACUGGUGGUCCCACUUCAAAGACCAACACCAUCACGCCCGGAACUGGAAUCACCACCAACACAUCUAGCGGGUGCUGCUAA